UAUAGCUGUAUGUACACUUUCACAGCAGGGGGUAGGUGUAGCUGCUGCUGCUGCUGCGCGCGAGUUAUUGAUAAGCCGCUUUCCCCCCCACGGAGCCGUCGGGAUAAAGAGCGUUAUAAUGCGUUUGUGACACUGGAACAACAGUAAGAUGUUAGUUAUGAGCUGUGUGAGUCGUUAGCCUGAACUGAGAGUAGAUUUUGUUAUUGAACAGAACCGUGUUAAUGACAUGCAGGGCUUUCGGUGUGCCCUAGCUAGGUGACUUCAGUGUUAAACAGAGUACCACCAAACCGGACACUACCAUAGUGCACGUGCGUGUGCGUGCGUGCGUGUGUGUGCGUGUGCGUGCGUGCGUGUGUGUGCGUGUGUGUGUAACGAAGCACCGAGUCGUGCUAAGUGCUAGUUGAUGAAUAAAUGGGAGAAGUUUGUUAGAAGUUGUAGUUAAGUGAGUUGAGUAAGGAUUGUAUAUAGACAAGCUUUUAAUUCUGGUACAGCGUUCACUGAGAAUAUAACCCAAUAUAAAAUAUAUAUAAACAUGGCCAAACCCGAGCCGAAGAAGAGCAGCACUUUGGCCUUCAGUGUGAAAGCUGGCGCGGAGGAGCAGGUCAUUAACGGCCCCGCAGAGCCGCCGGUAACCGGAGCCGCUCACGAGCCGGCAGUCCGAGCCAAACCGGGCAACCGGAGCACCGAGAGUGAAGUGUUUGACGACGGAACCAACACUUUCUUCUGGAGAGCGCACACCCUCACCGUCUUAUUCAUCCUGACCUGUGUGCUAGUGUACGUGACUCUGCUGGAGGAGACGCCGCAAGACACGGCAUACAACACCAAGAGAGGGAUUGUGGCUAGCAUUCUGGUGUUCCUCUGUUUCGGGGUAACGCAGGCGAAAGACGGCCCUUUCUCACGACCACAUCCAGCGUACUGGCGCUUCUGGCUCUGUGUCAGCGUUGUCUAUGAGCUGUUCCUCAUCUUCAUUCUUUUCCAAACGGUGCAGGAUGGACGGCUGUUUAUGAAGUACAUCGACCCGAAGCUGGGCGUUCCUCUUCCAGAGAGAGACUAUGGAGGAAACUGUCUUAUCUAUGAUCCCGGAAACACCACCGAUCCAUUCCACAACAUAUGGGACAAGAUGGAUGGCUUUGUUCCUGCCCAUUUUCUCGGUUGGUACAUUAAGACGCUGGUGAUCCGAGACUGGUGGAUGUGUAUGAUCAUCAGCGUGAUGUUCGAGUUCCUGGAGUACAGUCUGGAGCACCAGUUACCAAACUUCUCAGAGUGCUGGUGGGACCAUUGGAUUAUGGACGUGCUGGUGUGUAACGGUUUGGGUAUAUACUGCGGCAUGAAGACGCUCGGCUGGCUUUCGAUGAAGCCGUACCAGUGGCAAGGCCUGUGGAACAUCCCCACCUACAAGGGGAAGAUAAAGCGCAUCGCCUUCCAGUUCACGCCGUACAGCUGGGUGAAGUUCGAGUGGAGGCCGGCGUCGAACCUGCGGCGGUGGCUGGCGGUGCUCGGCAUCAUCUUCAUGUUCCUGCUGGCGGAGCUGAAUACUUUCUACCUGAAGUUUGUGUUAUGGAUGCCACCCGAGCAUUACCUGGUGCUGCUGAGGCUAGUGUUCUUCGUGAACGUGGGCGGCGUGGCCAUGAGGGAAAUCUACGACUUCAUGGACGACCCGAAGUUCCAUAAGAAGCUGGGCCAGCAGGCGUGGCUUGUGGCAGCCAUCACGGUUACGGAGUUUCUCAUCGUAGCGAAGUACGACCCCAACACCAUCACACUGCCGAUCCCAUUCUUCGUCAUGCAGUGCUGGAUCCUCGGCAUCGUCCUCAUCCUCACAUGGACCGUGUGGCGCUUCUUUAUCCGCGACAUCACACUCCGUUACAAAGAGACACGGCGGCGUAAGCAGGAGGGCUCGCCCGAGCAGGAGAGGUCCCCCGGCGACGGCAGCAAGACCCCCGUAACAUCCGGCCGCAGCAAACUGAACGGAAACACGGAUCCUGUACGACAACGCAAGUCCUGAGGGGAGACACGGUGGAGCACUCACUGCACACUGUGGCACACGCAGCUUGAAGUGUGUGUGUGUGUGUGUGUGUGUGUGUGUGUGUGUGUGUGUGUGUGUGUGUGUGUGUGUGUGUGUGUGUGUGCCCUGACCGUCCCAUUCACCAUCAUUCCAAUGCUCACUGUUCAAACUGUAUCAGGAAAAUGUGCUCGAGGAUUUUUUUUUUUCCUUCCUUCAUGUUUUAUUGUUUCAAGCUGUAAGAUGCAGCGCAUGAGUACAUUUUGAGGUGUGUGUGUGUGUGUGUGUGUGUGUGUGUGUGUGUGUGUGUGUGUGUGUGUGUGUGUGUGUGUGUAUGUGUGUGUGUGUGUGUGUGUGUGUGUGUGAGAGAGAGAAGUGAAAGACAUGUAUGGAAAAGAUGCUCUGCUCUUCCAGAUGCCUUAUACACUCGUACAGAAAUAGAAAAAACGAAGAAGGAAAGCGGGUCCUUAGCUGUAUUUUCCUCGCCGCUGGGACAGUAACGUCAAGGGUACACUCGGCUCCUGUCCCUUUUUAACACGUUUAAAGUACGUUAACCUAAAACAGAAGGGGGGGGAAUGCUCUAGUGUGUGCUCUAGUGGCGAGGAAAGGUGCAGUUUACCUUUCUAGUGCGUAGUCGCAAGUGUAGAUUCUUACUGGACCAUUAACACGUGCGUGUACACGUGUGCUCCAUUUCCAGCGGUUUCCAGGGACUCGUUUCUUAUUUUGCUGCUACGCGAUAAGACACGAGAGUUGUUCAAGUUUAGCUUGCCUUACAGUUUGUUAGGCUUUAAACUGUAACGAUCCUGGAGUACUGCUGUUCCCCACACACAUUCAUACGCACACACACGUCAACAACAUGGCCAUUGUUUUUCUGUUUGUGUUAAACAGGGACUGAUGUUCUCUCAGGAGACCUGUCGCUCUUAUUACACUGUGUUUCUCAGGUAAUUUCCCUUCAGAGUAACAGCCCGAGUGAUCCACGACCGAGCAGUUACACUACACACACACGCACAUAUAUACACACACACACACACACACACACACACACACACACACAUACACACGAGAGAACAAUCUUUCUGCUACACCUGGUCGUCCACAUGGAGGUCUGUUUCAUGAUCGUUGCUGCUUCAUCCUCAGAACAGAGUUAGUGCUCGUGGAAGGCCGUGUACCGACUUCUCCGACUUUAAUCCAAUAAUCUCAUUCAGCGUGCGUUUAGUGAAACGUCGUCUUGCACCUGUGCUCAGUGAUCAUUUUUAAACUGUACAAGUGAAUAUUACAUAGAUCUAGUCAAAGAAGCACAUGUUCUGUGUGUGUGUGUGUGUGUGUUACAGUUCAUAUCUGUAUAAGCAGAAACUGACAAAACCGUUUAAUGUAAUGUAGAACAUUAUAGCUGCUGCUAUUAUAAUCUUAUUACGAAUGUAAACUUUACAUUUAGUUUGUUGAAACGGGUUGCCAGCGCCUUUAGAACAACCUCUUACUACUCGUUUGUGUUACGCAAGGUGUUAUAUGUGUGUGUAUAUAUUUUUUUCUUUUCACUAGGGUUUAAAAAAAGAUGUUCUGAAGUUUCUUUCUAGUAUUUAACUUUAUUAUUAUUAAAACCUCUGUUCCUCA